CGCCAUAAGUUUUUCGGUUUCCUCAGUGAGCGAAGAUGGCGGACAGGCGGCGGCGACGUGCUUCUCAGGACACCGACGAGGAAGACGACGACGUGCCUCAGUCGGAGCUGGAAGUUGUUCCCUCCGUCCCUUGCAUCUUGGACCUGUCUGGUGUUCAGGCUCGCGAAGCAGAAUCUGAGUGUGAGAGUGAAGAUGGCAUAGAAGGCGAUGCUGUUGUACUUUCAGAUUAUGAAAGUGCUGAAGAGAAUGGUUCUCAAAAAUCUGAAGAAGAUGGUGAAGAAUAUAGUGAAGAGGAAGUCCCAAAAGAGGGAGCAAGAACUGGCAAUAAAGAGGAUGAGGAUGAAUCAUCAAAGGAAGGAAAGCCUGAAGAGAAAGGAGAGAUUACUGGAGAGAGACAGAGUGGAGAUGGACAGGAAAGCACGGAACCUGUCGAAAAUAAAAUGGGUAAAAAGAGCAGGCGUCAACUGGAUGAUGAUGAAGAUCGGAAAAACCCUGCCUAUAUUCCACGGAAAGGACUCUUCUUUGAGCAUGAUCUAAGAGGACAUACUGAACCAGAAGAAGUGAGGCCCAAAGUCAGACAGCGCAAGCUCUGGAAAGAUGAAGGUCGAUGGGUGCAUGAUAAGUUCCAAGAAGAUGAACAAGCGCCUAAAUCCCGAGAUGAACUGAUUUCCUUGUAUGGUUAUGAUAUUCGAUUAGACAGAAAUCCUGAUGAAAUAAGGCCACGAAGGAUUAGAAAGCCGAGGUUUAGAAGUCCUCAAAACCGAGACUCUGAUUGGAUAGAAAAACCACCACCAAGGCCUUACCUACGUAAAACUGUCAAUAGCAUCCCUUCUACAAGAACUUUUAACCGAAGGAUAGGAGGACAAGAACGGAAAUCUCCAGCAAAGAACUACUUUAAAAAUGUUUCUUAUGUUGAAGAUGAUGAGAAUGUGAAACCGAAUGAAGUAAAUAGUUCAAGAAGUUAUUCUUCAGGGGAAUUAUCCACCAGUGAAGAUAAAAUGGAUGCAAAGAAUAUAGAACAGGGUCAUGUGAAAGAGACUGUGAUUAUAACAGACUGUUUACAGUCAGUGAAGAGCUAUGGUGUGACAAGAGAAGAUGGCUCUGUACAAAAUCAGUCCCUCCCUACUGAGAAUAUGCCACAGGUACAGGAAAAAACAAUAGAAAAGAAAUCCUAUUCCCGUAUUCGAAGAACCAGGAACAAAGUCACUGAGGUAGGGAAGCCACAGUCUGUGGAGGACACUCCUGUCCCAGGUUUGGUUCCUGCUGCUCAGCAGAUACCUAUUCAACCUCUCCCUCCACCAGUGACAAAGACUGGCUCCUGGGAGACCCCAUCCAUAGACUCUGCUGUGACUGGGCUCGAGUGUGAGAUGACCCAAAUGAAUUUAUCGGGGAAAAGCUGGACUCCAAAUAGCCAACCACAAUAUGCACAGUCAAGAGAUCUCCAGGGCAUUCCCAAUUCACUACACAUGAAUGCUUCUCAAUACAACAGAGUGGAAGAAAUGGGCAGCCAAGCAAGACGGGCAAAGCGUUACUCAUCUCAGCGACAACGGCCAGUACCCGAAACACCUCCACCACCACCUCCUCCAGCACCUGCACCGGCACUUGGGCCAGCCCCAGCUCCAGGCCCUGCUCCUAUGCACAUUGGCCUCAUGGAAGGGCAUUAUUACGAUACAUUACAAUUUCAAGGACCAAUUUAUACCCACAGUGAAAGUUCAGCUCCUCUGCCACCUCAGGGCAUGAUCGUUCAGCCAGAUAUGCACCUUCCCCAUCCAGUUCCAGGUUUUAAUCACCACCAGUCACCUGGCCACCUCACCAACACUGGUCUUUAUGCGCCACAAGUUCCAUUGCCAUCUGGGCAACCACCUCCACCCCAGGUGCUACCCCCUCCCUUCUUCACUUCUGGAAUGAUGAACUAUGGAAAUCCCAGUUAUCCAUACACAACGGGAGGACUCCCACCCCACAUUUAUCCAACUACUCAGGCCCAGUCUCAGGUCUUUGGUGGAGUCACUUACUACAACACUGUACAGCAGCAGGCUCUGCCAAAGCCAUCACCUCCAAGACGACAAUCGCAGCCUGUUACUGUUAAACCACCGCCACCUGAGGUACUUGAUACAUCUAUCAUCUGGUUUCCAUGCAGCAUAGGACAGCCGAAGUGAAAAACUGAAAGAAAGGAAUGAAGCUUAGCUACCAGGGAAGUCUGUCCAUGAAUUAAAAGAAGAUUAAAUUUGUGUGGAUAAUUGGUCCUCUGUUCAUGUGUUGGAUACCCUGCUGACUUGACAAUACUACUAAUGAUGCUGAUGUUUGUGGCUGUUGUUUAACUCUGGUUGCAGGAUUUGCCAGUCAGUUUUUUAACAAUACGCAGCUACAAGCAAAAUUGACUCCUUGGAGGCUUACCCUGUAGCAAAUGACAAAUUAUGGUUCUUGAGCAGCUUUUCAUUACUGUGCGAAUGGUAACAUUGUGGAAAUCCAGCAAUCAAGGUCUAAUUUUUAAAUUGAAUUCCAUGUGAACAAGUGCGACUAAAUAGUUUCAACAUAUAGCAAUAAUUUACCAACCACUGAGCCUUCAUGUUGAUUGGUAUUGAUUUAUUUGCAGGUUAGCGUACUGUAGCCUUGUAUUUUCUCAGCUUUCAAUAGACAUUUAUUAAUAUUCUAAAAUUACUUAAGAUGGCUGCUUUUACUCACUGUAAAGUCAUAUAUACAACAUGGAGAAGUGGUUAACUAAUUUCCUCUUCUGCAGAGUAGAACAAAAAUAUCUAAAUGUAGUUUAAAGCCUUUCAGUUACAUUACUCUUGAAGACAGAGUAUUGGUUCAAAAACUUUUUUAUUUAUUUAAUUCAUCAUUUUUUGAAAAAAAAAGCACCCUAAAAUUCCCUCAAAUCAGUUGUGAAUGCUACAGUACAUUGCCAUACCGUACACCUUGCUUGUAGGUACCAUAUACUGAUGUUUUUGUUUAAAGAACAUUGCAAACAAAAACCUGCCUGGCACUGAAACAACAUUUUCAUUUUGCAUUGUAUUAACUUCAGAAAUGGUUGGGGGGGGGUGGGGGGAGACAUUCUCUUGGAAACAAAAAAAAGGGCGGGGUAGGUGAAAACUGAUGAAAUGUAGUUGGCUUGUGCUAUUUGAAAUUGGAUUGUUCAUUUAAUAUCAUCUGCCACACUGAGGGAAGCAUGACUCAAUGAGAAUUUUUUGUUAUUCCUCUUGUAAUUACAAUAACUCAAUAUUGAUCGAAUCUGUAAUGCGCUGUAUUAGCAAGUACAGACAUGAUCCAGUGAAAAUGUCUGUGUUCUAGAUGGUAGCAUUUAUCCUGUAUUGGAGCACUUAGGUGCAUCCUUGACAUGUUCACUAGAGGCGGUGUGAUCAUUGAUAAAAUAAAUAGACAUAUAUGGACAAUUUAAUAUUGAGGAGAAGCAUCUAGGUAUUCGAAGUUGAAUUGACCAAUUAUUUUUCAACCUAUUUAGGUCAAAAGUGAAAAUUAUUGACAAGAUUCUUGAAUGAUUGGGGAUUGAGUAGUGAAUUGUAGUGCUACAUUAUCCAUUCUGCUACAGAGCUUGUUUGCAUUUAUAUAGCAUUGCUUACCAGGCGGCUUUGUUGGUGAAAAAAUAGGUAUUGUAUCACCUCAUUUACCAGGCCAUGGACUUGUACGUUUCCUUGUUUACAGAACAGAGCAUUGAUGCUGUUAACUUAGAUUAAUGUGUCUGCUACUCCUGGGUUCUGUUUAGCCUGUAUCUGUGAGGCCGCUUAGGGCAGCUUGUUUAUAUUUGAAUGCUAAAUUAAUAAGUGUGUAAUUAUUCAUUUACAAAAAUACAUUCUAGUUUAAAAUGUCAAAAUACUGCAGAGUGUAAACUUUUGUCAAUGUUAAAUUUAAAUGUAAUAAACCGUCUUUUUUCAUUUUGCCUUAAGAUUUAAAUGUAUUUGUUAAUUCCACUUAUCAAUUGUGUGACUAAUCUAGACCCCAGAACACUGUGAUGGCUAGUUUUUAAUCUUCUUAGAAAUGGAGAUUUGUAAUCAAUAUUUUUGUUGCCAUUUGGUGGACACAGUUUAAUAAAGUGUGGGAAAA